CAACACAUCGCGCGGUCAGCAUCAGUUGUGUUGGUUAUAGGCGUGGACACAGAAUAUUUAGAGAAUGUUUAUUGCAGUUUAGAGGCAUUGAAUCGAUCGUGAGUUUUUACGAAGCAAGAAGAAAAUACAUAUCUCAGGUUUUUCCCGAAAUGGCUGUUGAAAUUCGCCUUUCUUUUUUCGUGACAGUGUUUGUUUUAAUUUACUGCAUCCAAGAAGGCCUUUCUAUCAAAUGUUACGACUGCAGAUCAGACAAUGAUCCAAAAUGUACGGAUCCAUUUGACAAUAAGACUUACCAUAUGACAGAUUGUUCAGAAGCAAAGAGUCUAACCCAUUUGCCGGGUGUAAGACCGACAAUGUGCCGCAAAAUUCGACAAAAAGUUCAUGGUGAAUGGAAAUAUUUUCGUAGCUGCGCUUUUAUGGGUGAACCCGGGAUUGGAGGUGAUGAACGAUUUUGUUUAAUGAGAACUGGAACGUAUAAUAUAUUUAUGGAAUACUGUACAUGUAAUAGUAAAGAUGGUUGCAAUUUGGCGCCAUAUCAACAUGAAAAUUGGUUGCUCUUGUUAAUUAGUUUAAUAACAGCAGUUCGAUAUAUAUUCGUCAUUUAAAAAAAAAAUGUAGCCAUAGAUUUUUGACAGAUCUACUUUACUGAAUAAUUAAUAUUUUAGUAUGUUUACAGUUCAAGAUAGAUUUUACUUGUACUUAUUAAAUACUUCUCUUGUUUUACACAUCAAAUUUCAAAAAAAGCCAAAUUUAGAAAAUUAAAUAUAUUGAUAGGUCUGCUUAUUUAGCUUUUUGCAAUUGUUGUAAUUUUAUAAUUUUUUUAUGGAAGAUAGAAAUUAAGUGCCUACAGUAUGCCUUACUAUAAAGGGAUAAUGAAAAUUUUUUAAACAUAUUUAUAAGAGAGAAUAACUUCCAGUAAAUCAUUUAACUUGGCUUAAAUAAUAUUUU